AUGGGCGAACAAGUAACGACCCCAAUGAAUGAAAGUUCCUCACUAAGUCAACAUCUGGUUCUCCCUGGGCACCUCGGGAACCUCACGCUGGAGCAAGAGCAGGCAUUGACGAUAUUCAAAGAGAAUCUGAUCAAGGCCAACCUCUACACGCCUGGGGGUGAGGGCCAGGAAGCCUCGCAUGAUGACCCAACUUUGUUACGAUUCUUGCGAGCGAGAGGGUUCAACCCUACUGCUGCACAGAAGCAAUUCGCCGAUUCUGAGAGCUGGAGGAAGAAGCACAAUGUCCCCAAGGUGUACCACGAACUGACUCCGGAAGACAUGGAGCAUGCGCAGCGGUUCUAUCCGCGAUGGACUGGGCGGAGAGAUAAGCUUGGAAUCCCGCUGUUUGUCUAUCGACUAGCUUCCCUCGAAGCUAUCCAGCACGAACUGGACGCCGUACCCGCUCAAUCGCGGUAUCACAGAAUUGUCGCUCUUUAUGAGUGGCUGAUCAUGUUUACCUUCCCUCUUUGCUCCCACGUUCCUCGCUCCAUUGCACCCACUCCAAUAUCCUCGACGACUACGAUCAUAGACCUGGAAAGUGUUUCCUUUGCUUCGUUGUGGAGGCUCCGGAGCCAUCUCCAAGAGGCUUCAAAGCUUUCUACUGCGAAUUAUCCUGAGACCCUUCAUGCCAUAGCCGUCGUCAACUCGCCAUCGUUCUUCCCUACGAUAUGGAACUGGAUAAAGGGAUGGUUCGACGAGGGUACACGCAAGAAGAUUCAUGUUCUGGGCAGAGACCCAGGCUCCACUCUCCUCGAGCUUGUCCACGCACACGAUCUUCCCGUUACCUACGGAGGCGAACUUGAAUGGACAUUUGAAAGCCCACCACAUCUGGACGAGGAUAUCAAGAAGGUUGUCCCCGAACUGCCUAAAGGCCCAGCUAUCUUUUCCGAUGGUACAAUCAGCAAACCACCUCCACCAUCAUGA